CGUCGAUGGAGGAAAUUGACAGAGCAGACCUUUCUUCAAUAUCUCACUUCUAGAACAUAUGCGAUUCGAAUAUGGGUACACCUAUGAAAGAUGUUGAGAUCUCAGAAAGCGCCCCAAAGACUUUACUGUUACAGAAACAUGCUGAUUACAUUGCUGCAUACGGGGAAAAGAAGGACGAUUAUGAAUAUUGUAUGACGGAGUACUUACGAAUGAGUGGGAUCUACUGGGGAUUAACAGCCAUAGACUUGAUGGGUCAGUUACACAGGAUGGACAAGGAAGAAGUGCUCGAGUUUAUAAAGCAGUGUCAGCAUGAGUGUGGGGGGAUAGGGGCCAGUCUGGAACAUGACCCCCACCUGCUGUAUACCCUCAGUGCUGUGCAGAUCCUUGUACUCUUUGACUCGGUGGAAGUCAUCAAUGUAGACAAAGUGGUGGAGUAUGUCAAAGGUUUGCAGCAAGAAGAUGGCAGCUUCACUGGAGACAAAUGGGGUGAGGUUGACACAAGAUUCUCAUUUUGUGCUGUGGCUUGUCUCUCAUUACUGGGGCGCCUGGACAGGAUUGACGUGGACAAAGCCGUGACUUUUGUCCUCUCCUGUAUGAACUUUGAUGGGGGAUUUGGGUGUCGACCGGGCAGCGAGUCACAUUCAGGCCAGAUUUACUGCUGUGUGGGCAUGUUGGCCAUCACAGGCCGACUUCACAAUGUGAAUGCUGAUAUGUUGAGCUGGUGGCUGUGUGAGAGACAGCUGCCAUCAGGGGGACUGAAUGGUCGUCCAGAGAAGCUCCCAGAUGUUUGUUACUCCUGGUGGGUGCUGGCCUCCCUUAAGAUCAUUGGUCGUCUACAUUGGAUAGAUAAGGACAAACUGAUCAAAUUUAUCCUGGCUUGUCAAGAUGAAGAGACUGGAGGUUUUGCAGACAGACCAGGAGAUAUGGUUGACCCAUUCCACACUCUCUUUGGGUUAACGGGCCUGUCAUUGUUGGGAGACACUACUAUAAAACCAGUAAACCCCGUGUUCUGUAUGCCAGAGGAAACCAUCAGAAGGGCAGGCAUACAGCUAGAUCUUCUCUGAUAUCAUCCCCAUCUAGGGAACACCACAUUGAAACCAGUAAAUCUAGUGUUCUGCAUGCCAGUGGAAACCAUCAGAAGGGUAAACAUACAGCUUGAUAUCAGAUCUCUGAUAUCAUGACUAUCUCUGGGACACUAUAGUGAAACCAUUUUACGCAGUGUUCUGUCUGCCAGAAGAAACGAUCAGCAUGACAUACAGCUGCAUCUGUUCUGAUAUCAUGAAUAUCUCUUUAACACUAGGAUGAAACCAUGAAACCCUUGUUUUGUGUGCCAGAGGAAUCCAUCAGAAGGGCAGACAUAAAGCUGGAUCUUCUGUGAUAUCAUGACACAUUUUUGAGACACUACCGUGAAAGCAGUUGCCUCUAUCUUCUGUGGACUAAAAAGAAUAUAUCACAAUUUAGUAGGAAACGCAUCAGUGAAACCAGUUUGCGCUGUGCUCUGCAUGAUAGAAGAAACAACCUGAUGUAGAGCUGGAUUUUUUUUGUUAAUCACAAUUUAGUAGGAAACGCAUCAGUGAAACCAGUUUGCGCUGUGCUA